AGACUACCAAUUGUUAUUGAUAUUGUUCAAAACAAAAGAAAAAAAAAAGAUAUUUCGUCCAGAAAGAUUAUUAUCUUCUUUUUGUUUUCCGGAAGACGGUAGAGUCUUGCGUGACUAAAUGAAAAGAAAAAUCUAAGUAUUAAAUAUUACAUGCUGAGCAAACAAUUUAGUUAAAGACUUUUGAAACUUAGGCAGAAAGUAAUAUUGCGUGACUGUACCUACACUAUCCAAUCCUAAGUUUAUUCGAAUUUGGUUUGAGUUCUCUAUAAAUAAGUAAUAGCAUGAGGCUUUUGCAUGUAAUGUUAUCAUUGUUUAAGUGUGAAUCUUCUAAAGGCUUGUGUUUCUUUUGAUUGUUUUAGUAGACCUUAAAAUGCCUUCAGCAAGUCCUGAUCCAGCCGAGGAAGAAAGGGAACCAUUCGCUGAAGUUGAUCCAUCCGGGAGGUUUGGCCGAUACGCUGAGCUACUAGGCCAUGGUGCAGUGAAGAAGGUCUACAAGGCAUUUGAUAUAAGAGAAGGCAGAGAUGUUGCGUGGAAUAAGAUCAAAUUGAGCAAAUUUAGCGACGCGCCUUACAUCAUCAGUAAAAUCCAUUCGGAGGUCGCGUUGUUGAAGAACUUGAAGAAUGAAAACAUCAUAGUACUUUACCAUUUCUGGAAAGAGAAGGAACAUAACAUCCUCAAUUUCAUCACUGAGGAAUGUGCCUCUGGUAAUUUGAGGGACUACAGGAAGAAACAUCGUCGCGUUUCAAUCAAGGCGCUGAAGAAGUGGUCUAGGCAAAUACUACAAGGCUUGGAUUAUCUACACACUCAUGACCCUUGUGUCAUUCAUAGAGACCUCAAUUGCAGCAAUAUAUUUAUCAAUGGGAAUGUUGGAAAGGUAAAAAUUGGUGAUCUUGGGUUAGCUACAGUUGUAGGGAAGAGUCAUGCCGCACAUUCAUUGCUAGGGACACCAGAGUACAUGGCACCAGAGCUAUAUGAGGAGAACUAUACAGAGUUAGUAGAUAUUUACUCAUUCGGAAUGUGUUUGAUAGAAAUGGCUACUAUGGAAAUACCAUAUAGUGAAUGUGACAGCAUAGCCAAGUUAUACAGGAAGGUGACAUCAGGAAUAAAGCCUCAAGCUUUCAACAAAGUGAGUGAUACAGAGUUGAAGGACUUCAUUGAAAGGUGCAUUGGACAACCAAGAGCAAGACCGUCUGCUGCUGACUUGCUCAAGGAUCCUUUUCUUUCUGAUGUUGCUGACCAUGAGGAUGAUCUCAAUUGUUGAUGCCCUUUGUUUAAGUAUGUACAGUUAUUUAAAGUAUUAUUCUUUGUCGCUCAUGCUUAUUCAAGAAAUCAUAUCUUUAACGAUUUAUGUUAUAAUGCUACUAUAUACCCAAAGACUUUUACACGAUUAGUGUAGUCAAACAUAUUAUAGCAGGUUAGCUAAGAUUUUUACCAAGUUAUGGAGCAAUGUUUAUCAUAAAGAUUUUUUUU